CUGGGGAGGUUCCCAUUGUCCCAAAAGGGUCUUUCAGGUAUCAUCCCCGGGUUGCCUCUAGAAUGAUAAUUUCUGCCCGUUUCUUUGCCGUCAAUCCUCGAACUUCCUCUCCUACACAUCCUUUUUUCUUUUCCCUUUUUCCUUCAUCGUUUUCAUUCCUCAAUAGAUCAAUCUCACCUUUCUUUACAUUUUCAUUUACGACAGAUCGACCACGUAUAGGACCAGGCUAUUACAUCCACAGAAUCAUAAAAACCAAGUAAGCCACGACCACUCCUCCAUUCCUCGCUCGGGCCAAGAUACCCCGCGAAGUCGUAGUCGCAUUCGCUGACCGGGCCCGCGUGACUCCAGAUUCCGAGCAAACCGAAAACCACAACAAAGAAGUCAUACUGAACAACACUCAAUACACACAUCAACGUCACAAGAUAAACCGCCACAAUGGUCCUCAUCACACGAGCCAUCUCCCUCACCAACUUCCUCGUCGCUUCGUCCGCCCUCGGCUUCCAGGUCUUCGUCCUGUACCCAUGGCACGAGCAGCUGUCUCACGACUUUGAGGAGCUCAAGAAGGAACACAUCCGCGUCCUCGACUAUGUCAAGGGUGUCGACGCUGGCCUGAGAAAGGGACAAGGCGGCGCGCCAGCUGGCCAGUCUAUUCUGGAGAGACUGGGCUACAAAUGAGCAGCGCCAAUCGCUCUCUUUUCGUAGCCCUCGGACGUUUCUUUUUUCUUUUGAGGUUUAAUAAGGGUCGGCCGCCUCAUCAUGUGAUAAUUUCGCAACAACUCAGACUAAUCUGGUGAGUUGCCAGUGCUUGAGAGCUCACAUUCGACCGACAACAGCCUCACCCUUAUGAUUUCAGCCUCGCGACAACCUUGAUAAGGGAACUCGUGUUAUUGGACAGCCGUGCACUCCCAACCAGGC